AUGCGACCAGCCCGGAGCGCGGCGGCGGCGGCACCAGGGCGGCCUCCGGCGGGUGACCGGCACCCCGCGCAAACCGGGCCGCUCAGCGCCGGGCGUCGGCCGGGAGGGGAGCCCCGCGCGAGGGAGGGAGGGAGGGGGAGGGGCAGGCGAGACCGCCCCGCCCUCUGCCAUAGGCGUCACCGGAAGAGGCGGAGUUACCCGCGGCAGGGGGCCGCCCGAAUCCCGAGGCGGAGCCUCUUCCGGCCAGACCGCCCUCACCGGAAGGGCGCGCCCGUGGGGCGUCUCCGGAGGUCGGCCCCUUCCGUUUCCGCAGCGGUCGGUGGGCGGCCCCGUUUCCGCCGGCGGCCGGCGGCGGCGGCGGCGGCGGCGGCGGCCCUCACGCAGGGCCUGGAGCGCAUCCCGGAGCAGACGGGCUACCUGGUCAUCUGCGACGGCGCCGUCCUGGCGUCGGCCGGCGACCUGGAGAACGACGAGCGCACGGCGGGCGCGAUGGCGGAGCUGGUGAGCACGGCCUGCGCCUUCCGGCUCCCGCGCGGCCCGGAGUUGCCCUUCCGCCGCCUCUCCGUGGUUUUCGGGGAACACUCCCUGCUGGCGACCGUCUCCGGCCAGAAGCUCUUCGUGGUGAAGCGGCUCAACAGCGUCCCGGAGCCCGUGGUCGUCUGAGCUGCUCCGGCCUCCCACCCCCCCACCCCCCGUCACGUGGAGGCAGGCUUGCUCUGCGGUACCCCCUCCCCCCCCCCCCCCC